AUCCAUCAUUUAUGAUUUUUAAAACAAAAAAACACACCUCUUACAACCUUUCUUCAAACUGACUACAAUUUAAGGAAUAUAUUGAAAGCUGUUUUAUCAAGCUUUAUGUUUGUGUUUCUUGCAAGCAAUGUCAAACCCUCCCUUCCCUUCACUCAAAAUUAUGCUGACCUAUAUAUAGAUAUACCUUAUCAACAAACAAACCUAUGCUGCAUAUACAAAAGUGAUCAAAACAAAACAUAACAUUAAAGGAAGGUGAAAGGAGGUUGUAUCCGCGAUGGACAUCAAUUUAGAAAUCGAUGAUGAUUCUAAGAACGAUGAACAAAAGGUUCCACUCCUGCGGAAUGCGGAGGUUCCAGAAGCAGAGAGGAGCCUGGUACAGAAAGCUAUAAGUUCGACAUUUCAAAGCACGGCGCAUUUGGCAAACCUUCUACCUACAGGCACUGUUCUGGCUUUCCAACUUUUGUCACCAAUUUUUACAAAUGUUGGCAACUGUGACUCUGUCUGCAAGUCCAUGACUUCUGUACUUGUGACUCUAUGUGGUGCAUCAUGCUUCCUGCUAAACUUUACAGAUAGCAUAAGAGACAGCAAGGGGAAUAUUUGUUAUGGGUUUGCCACCUUCAAGGGCUUGUGGGUUAUUGAUGGAUCAACCAAACUUCCACCUCAAGUUGCUGCAAAAUAUCGCAUAAAGUUUAUAGAUUUCAUGCAUGCGAUGAUGUCAAUUCUGGUGUUUGCAGCAAUUGCAUUGUUUGAUCAGAAUGUGGUGAAUUGCUUUUUUCCAGAACCAUCAAAAGAGAUACAAGAAAUCCUCACGGCGUUGCCUGUGGCAAUUGGCGUUUUUUGCAGCAUGCUUUUCGUUGCAUUUCCUACUGAGAGACAUGGAAUUGGGUUCCCCCUUUCAACAAGUUAAUAAUUGAGAUCUUUUUUAUGUUUAUGGCUGUAUCCAAUUUCAGUAAUGUAUUUGAUUAAUGAAUUAUUGGCGUUUUUAUGUUUAUGGUUUUAUAUUAAAUCUAAGUGCAUUAUUUCAUAAAA